GAGGAUAAAGCCACCUGGCCCUGGCCCUGCAGCACUGGGAGAGGAGCCCCAGCCCGAGAUUCCCAGCUGCUCCCGUUCUCUGAUCAGGACUGAGCACAGACGACUCACCAUGGAGCUGGGGCUGAGCUGGGUGGUCCUGGCUGCUCUUCUACAAGGUGUCCAGGCUGAGGUGCAGCUGGUGGAGUCUGGGGGAGGCUUGGUGCAGCCUGGGGGGUCUCUGAGACUCUCCUGUGCAGCCUCUGGAUUCACAUUCAGUAGCUACGACAUGAGCUGGGUCCGCCAGGCUCCAGGGAAGGGGCUCGAGUGGGUCUCAGCUAUUAAUAGUGGUGGUGGUAGCACAUACUAUGCAGACUCCGUGAAGGGCCGAUUCACCAUCUCCAGAGACAACGCCAAGAACACGCUGUAUCUGCAAAUGAACAGUUUGAAACCUGAGGACACUGCCGUGUAUUACUGCGCCACAGACACAGUGAGGGGAAGUCAUUGUGAGCCCAGACAAAAACCUUGCUCCCUGGGGCACCCACAGCCCCCAGGGGGUGCUCACGACCCACUAAGGGCAGGGCUGAGCCCCAGGAGCAGGUGCAGAGGUGUGGGAGGAGUUUGUAGUUACAAUCCUUGGUUUCCUUUUAACGCCAGUCAACUCUACUACAGACCCUCUGCUGCUCUGAGAGAGGAGCCCCAGUCCGGGAUUCCCAGCUGCUCCCAUUCUCUGAGCAGGACAGAAAACAGACGACUCACCAUGGAGCUGGGGCUGAGCUGGGUGGUCCUGGCUGCUCUUCUACAAGGUGUCCAGGCUGAGGUGCAGCUGGUGGAGUCUGGGGGAGGCUUGGUGCAGCCUGGGGGGUCUCUGAGACUCUCCUGUGCAGCCUCUGGAUUCACCUUCAGUAGCUACUACAUGAGCUGGGUCCGCCAGGCUCCAGGGAAGGGGCUGGAGUGGGUGUCCGGUAUUUAUAGUGAUGGUAGCACAUACUAUGGAGACUCGGUGAAGGGCCGAUUCACCAUCUCCAGAGACAACGCCAAGAACAUGCUGUAUCUGCAAAUGAACAGCCUGAAACCUGAGGACACGGCCGUGUAUUACUGUGCAGGAGACACAGUGAGGGGAAGCUGCUGUGAGCCCAGACACAAACCUCACUGCAGGGUCACAAGGUGGGUGCCGGGGGCACACAUGACCCACCAGGGGGCGCACCUGAUCCACCAGGUUCAGAGGCUUGAGGAGCCAAAAAGCCCAGAAGACAGACUUAAAGAGCAGGUCAAAGAAAUCAUCGUCCUCUCUCCUGGUGGAAGUGUCCCUCCCUCGGGGACCAAGGCCAUAGGCCAGUAG